AUGAUCACGUGGGCUCCGCAACCAAUGGUUGAGGCUCGCAGUCUGCAAAAUACUACGAUUGUUCUCAGGGAGGGCAUCAGCUACAGUUAACAGUGUAACCUUUUCUAUGACUAAGAGGGAGCCUAAAAAUGUCUAGUGGCACCAUAAGUAACUAUUAUGUCGAUUCUCUCAUAGGCCAUGACAGCGAAGAAGUUUUCGGGAGUAGAUUCGCCCAGGGAGGUCACAGUGCGACCUCGAGGCCAUCAGGUGUGGCAGAGAGUUCAGAUUUUGCCUCCUGUAGCUUUGCACCAAAAUCCACCGUGUUCUCCACCUCCUGGUCCACGGUGCAUCCUCAGCCGUCCGCGGCAAUGACAGGGCUCUACCACCCCUACACGCACCAGUCCCAGUUAGGGGCAGGCGACACGGGCAGAUACGUGCGCUCCUGGAUAGAGCCCUUCCCGGGCUACCCCAGCAGCUCCAGCGCCAGCUCCUCCAACGGGCGCCACUACGGGAUAAAGCCUGAGACGGGGGCAGCUGCCUCGUCCUCCACCACCUCCUCCUCCUCCUCCUCCUCUUCCAAAAGGACUGAGUGCUCCUCGGCCCGGGAGUCCCAGGGGAUCAGUGCGCCCGAGUACACGAGCAGCCCCUUCCUGCAGGAGCCCCGGGAGAAGGCGGCUGCAGGCAGCGGCAGCAGCGCGGAGCCUCCUGGCUGCAGCCACAACCCCAGCCCCAGCAGCGAGCUGAAGGAAGAGAAGCAGCAGCAACUUGACCCAAAUAACCCUGCAGCAAACUGGAUCCACGCUCGUUCAACGAGGAAAAAGCGUUGUCCCUAUACAAAAUACCAAACUCUGGAACUGGAAAAGGAAUUCCUCUUUAACAUGUACCUCACCCGAGACCGCCGUUACGAAGUAGCUAGGAUUUUAAACCUCACAGAAAGACAGGUCAAAAUCUGGUUUCAGAACAGAAGAAUGAAAAUGAAAAAGAUGAACAAGGAGAAAGGAAAUAAAGGAGACUAGCGCCGGGGGUGGAAAUGCACCGGGGGGGGGGGUCUGGGUUUUUAUUUAUUUUUCUAUCCCCCAGCGACCCCAGAUACAAUUUUUUUUUCUCUCCCCCCCUUUCGAACUUGAAAUCAAUCUGGUCUUUUUUAGCUAGAAGUGAGCUGUGGUCGAUGUCGGGUAUUUUUGGAAAUCUGUCUUGCUCGCCAAUGUGUUUCCAAAAGUUGCUUCAUUUCCCUCUCUUCCUCCUUUCCCAAAACGGUCGGUUUCUAAUAUUGUGAGUACACGGUAGCUUUAUCUGAUGUUAAAUGUUUGCCAUGUUUCUUAAAAGUGGUGUAGUCUAGAUAGUCACUUUGCCAAAGUAAAGGUAAGGGACAGAAUUAUUAAGGACGAUAAUACAACUAUAUAUUAAAUUACAGUUACUGCAAUCCAUGGCGCUAUUGUGUUGUCCAUGACUUAUUAAGCUAUUACCCAGAACCUCUGCUUUCUAGCUCUGAAUUUUGCUCUUUACACUAGAUGCCACGGUGAGGCAAUGAGAUCCCCCCCUUUAGUGCACUAUUUAGGAGGUUGUGUCAUACUUGAAGCAGUUUUCAGUAGGCCUAACAUGUCCUGAUCCCUCGGGUAGUUGGAGUUCUUGAUACUGAUAAAUGUUGUAUUAGCUAUCACAUGUUUCUAACUAGAGACCUGUUGUGAUUGUUGUCACUUAUUACGUAAUAAAGUCUGACCUGAUCAGAUGAAAUCACUGCAAUCAUCAAAGAAA